CAGAGCACUUAACCAUUUACACAACUAGCACCCCUAUAAAUGGAAAUUUCUGGGUCAUAGGGUUUUCGUAUGUUUAACAUUUUCAAGAACAGCCAUACUUUUCCACAGAGGCUGAACCAUUUUACAACCUACCAGCAAUUUCCUCACAUUCUCCCCAACUCUUCUUGUUUUCUUAUGGUAGUCAUUCUAGUAGGGAUGAGGUGGUAUGUCAUGUGGUUUUGAUUUGCAUUUCCCUAACAACAAGGGCAUGGAGCAUCUUUUCAUGUGUUUAUUGACCAUUUUCUUAUCUUUCGUGAAAUGUCUGUUUAAGUUUUUUGCCCAUUUUUAAAAUGGUUUGUCUAUAUGUUGCUGAGAGAUAGAAGUUCUUUUUAUAUCUUGGAUACUAAAAUUUUAUGACACAUAUGAUUCCUAAAUGCAGUGAAACCUGCGAAAGUUGGCACUUAAGGCAGAAAACUAUCAGGGUAGGAGAACUCAAAUAUUUUCCAGUAAACAAGUGACCAAAAAGUGGUAAGGCUGCACUGCGCCAAAGGCAGAAAAAUUGCAAGACCCAGAAAAACAAGGCAGUUCCGUUGAAUUCCAGCUGUUACAAGUUUCAUUGUAUUUUCUCCCAUUUUGUAUGUUGUCUCUUCCCUUUGUUGACAGAGUCCUUUGAUGCAGAAGACUUUUAAUUUAUCUGUUUUGUCUUUUAUUGCUUGAGCUUUUUGAUAUCAUAGCUAAGAAUCCAUUGUUGAAAACUAGUGUGUACAGAAAAUAAAUGUGAUGCUUUUUUAAAAUAGUAAAAAUAUUGCAUGAGUCAAAACUUUCAGAAAUACAAACAGUAGAACUGGUCAUUGAACACCAUUUGUAAUCUCAGCGUAGGUAGAAAAAUGUCGUGCCUUGUAUUUUUUCUUUUCCUUCUCUAGAGGUAGAUGUUCUAGAAGUACUCCCAUUUUGGGCAGGAGUUUUACUUAGAGACAUGACUGUUGGUGUAGUCACUUCAUGUCAAAUUCAAGCCUUCAUUCAAAGCUACUGAAUUUUCCUAGUUCAGAAUCUCAGACUUGCUCUUCAGAUGCGACCACAAUGUCAACUUUUUUUGUGAAGAAAGCUUUCCAAAGUUUUAUUUUGAUUCUGUUUCUCACAGACACACACUCGAUAGUCAUUUAGUUUCUUAUUCAACAAAACAGGCUUAGCAACAUGAAAUUCCGUAUUGGACUUAUUCUGAACUACCAAAAAUGCAAUUUCAGAUGCUUCAACCAAAUAACACCUGUGCGGUUACAAAGUUGUAAGCAAAUAAUGUGUGCAAGUGUAUAAACAGCAGUGGCACAGUUAAAAUAAGGGACACCUCCACACAGAAGAGUCUUAACAGAGUCUUGAAAGUCAAACAGAAAAAAACCUUUCAUCCAGAAUUUCACUGUAAUUAUCAGCAUCUGGUCUACAUCAAGAUCGCCCAAUCCAUUAGUAGAGUAACCAGAUAUCUACUAUCAGAUGUUAGAGCCUAUGCUAUGAACUGUUAAUUAUUUCCUAAAAGUUUAGUCCAUGCCAGCACUGUGCUCUUCUUUUCCUUUAGCCUGAAGCUUCAGAAGUGGGAAUGCAGCCUGUUUCAGAGGUCACAGUUUGAGUCUUCAUGGCCAGCAGGAGAGAGCCUACAGGUUGAGAUAUGGGCUCUUGGGUAACAAUGGACUCAAGACACCAAGCUCUUCCCAUAGGCCACCUGGGACACUAAGGACUGUGACGCUCUGAAACCUAACAUGUCCAAGACAAAACUUUUAAAAUUUCACCUGAACAAAUCUGCUUCUCACCUGGCUUUCCCAACCAGUGAGCGGCAUCAGCCUCCAUUCACUAGAUUUAGGGGAAAUAGUCCAAGCUACCCUGAGAGGAGAGCUCCCUUGAGAAAGCAACCUCUGAACUUUCGUCUGCUUUUCUCUUGUCACAAGAAGGUACACUCUCCUCCCAGCAGCAAGAGGCAUAUUUCAACAGUGUAAACCAAGCAAGCUGUCAGUCACAUAUAGAAUAAAAUCCACGUAUUUUAUGUUGGCCAACAAGAUCCUACACAUUAAGGCUUACAUAUAGCUCUCUGACUAAAGUUUAUAUCACCCUCAUGUUUGAUAGGCUCUUGACAUAUUUUUAGAAAAAUUUUUUUCAGUGAUGUCAAGAUUUUCCCCGCCUUUCAGCCUUUGCACCAGGUAUUUUUUCUGAUUAGAGGAAAACUUUUAAACCAUAGGAAUUCAAUAAUUCUUACAAUGUGGGUCUCACUUCAAAUGUUACCUCCUCAGUGCCCUUCCUGUCCCCUCAGUUACUCCCACUCAUUUCUGUCUUUAAAUAUUGCAGUUUUCGGAAUGUGGUAAAUCCAAUUUAGGGUGACAGUAACCUUCAGCAUGUAAAUACAAGCAUUUUUAAUUAAAUUUUACGUUUGCUUUUAGCAGUUGUUUCCCUGUGUGACAGAGUUUUAGAAAACAAAAAACUGUGAAGCCCUGUGUUGUGCUGAUGGCAGCUUUCAGACCCUCUCUGCUGUGUUGAUUACUUAACCUUGUGGUGAGUCCCCUAGAGCUGUGAUGUCCCCUAGCCAGAUGUUGCUAAAUCAGUUAAAGUUUGUUGAAACUAAAAGAAAAAAUACAGUUACUUGUACUAGCCGUAUAUUCUGUGGUAAAUAGUCACAUGGAGAUAGAGGCUACCAUAUUGGACUGUACAGAAACAGAACAGGGCUAUUGUCACAGAAAGUUCUUUUGGAUGGUGCUGCUGAAGAGUGUAUACAAUAGGUGAUAAUCUGGGUGUGUCCUUAAUGAUCAGUGUCACAGGCCAGAAGAAACAAGAAAACAAGAUAUAGGUUUUAUAGUCUGCCCAUAGAUUUAUUGUCUAGCAUGGGAGAGAGUUUUAAAUAAAUAAUGAAAAACUAAGGAUAUGUGAUGCCUAUAUUAAAAAGACCUAACCCGAGAGUGAGGUUAGAUUGCUUGACAAGUAAAAUUACUUAAGUGAAGAUUUACAAAAUUGGGUUAUUUUUAGCAACAUACAUGGUAGUGUAGGGCUGAUACUAUGUUGUAUGAGUAGAUAUGGAAAGAGUAUUUCAUUUGGGAAAAAUAAAUGUGUAAAUCUCUGAGGCAGCAGAGAACCCAGUAUUGUCCAUUCAUUGAUGGAAGUCAGAGAUGAUUGAAGCGUAGAAAACAACAUGUGGGUGGUAGGGUUUGUGUGAGCCAGAUUCGAGCAGGUCAUUUAGAACCAUGCUGACUACUCGGGGCUUUUGGAAGGCCACUGGACAGCCAUAGACGGGCAUUAAGCAUUUCCUGUGCUGGAGAUAGAUUUUGGAAGUGACAACCAUGUUUGAAUGACGUCAGGUAGGAGCUUGUUAUAAACAAGAUAGAGAAGACUGUGAGGAGACCAGGACAUGGACAUUGUGGAUCAUGAAGAUAGCAUAGUGAUAUAAUGUAGAUGUGGAUGUACGAAAGGGUAUCCCUUGAUAGAAUUCUUAUUCCUUGGGUUACAGGCUAUAGAUCAGUGGAUGCUUCUCCCAGUUGAAUGUCAAUGUGAAUGUCAACCUUGGGAUCUUGUUGAAAUGCGGAUUUUGAUUCAGCAGUUCUGGGGUGGGACUUGAGAUUCUGUAUACUAAUCAAGCUCCUAGUUUAUGCUAGAAGUAAUAGUCUAGAAAUAAUGAUGUGAAUUAAAAUUAGUUCUAUUAGAAGAAAUAAUAAGAAGAAUAAUGCUUAGCGGGGAGACACUGGUGUAAACAUCAUGUGAGAGAGAGAACAUUGACGCUGAGACCAAGAAAUGAAAGAGUAGGAGUCAACUUGGAGGGGGAGCAGGGUGAAAAGAAAUAGGAAGAGAGGCAGGAGAUGGCUCCUUAGCGAUACUGUAAAGAUUUUCUGAUUUAUUGAUCAAUUUAAUAUAAGGUUGAAAAACAAAGUGUUCAGGGAUCCUCCCAGAUUUCUCAAAAGCUUAGUGAGUGGUGUUCUCAUGGUUUUUAAAAUGAAGAGGAAAAAAACCCCAGAAAACUCAAGAGGCAGAGAGAAAUGUUAAUUAAUUGCAAAAAGAAAAGAAAAAAAAUACCGAUCAAAUAUCGCAGUGCUAUAAGUGAAAUGAAAAUGUUUUUAAAAGGACAAUAGAAGUUUUUUCUACAGCACAUAGUUAAAAAAUAAAUCAAUCCUGAUGAGUUCAUUGUAAAUACUUGAAAAAUAUGUUCUUUCUUAAAAAUUCAUCUAUGUUAAUGUCAGAGAACAGUGAUAUUUGAUAUCAUGGACAAAGUUACAUAGGUGAACCCACAACUUCAACAUUGGACCCCUGACUUCCUGGAGGAAAUCAGAUUUAAAUUCUGUGGCCUGGCCAGACCUGUUUGCCUCAAUGCUCUGGAACAAGUAAAUUCCUCCAUCUGUGAUCUUGUGGCGGAAAAAAGAGCCCCAUGGAGAUGCAUGAAUAAUGCUGGUGUAUGCUCUGGAGACUGAAGCCUGUUCUGCCUUCAGUGCAAAUGCCCUCAGGGUGGAGCAUUGCCCUGAGCCUGCAAGGAAGCUAAAGAACUGUCAUUCCCUGCUUCCUCAACACUGUUUUCUCCCCAUCCUUCUUCUAUUUCAGGUCUGGAGUGUGGCGCAGAGAGAACUAGGCCAGUCCAGGCAGCUGGGGGCCUAGAACGACCAUCUUGCACAUCUAUAUAUCAUAAGGAAGAAUUUCAGCUGCUCAGACUGGUGUGUGGACCAGACAUUAUCCAUCUGCUUCCAAACUUCCCACUGCUCUGCUUUUGCUCCCGUCCUUGUUCCAGAAGUGGCUCUUUGGGCUCAGAGGCAACAUUCCCUUAGACUUUCAGAAGCUGGAGAAGCAAAUGGACUCAGUGGUCGCUGAGGAUGUGGCUGUGGUCUUUAGCAAGGAGGAGUGGGCUUUGCUGAAUCUUACUCAGCGGAAACUCUACAGAGAAGUGAUGAUAGAAACCUUCAGAAACCUGGUGUCAGUAGUCUCUCAAAACCUUAAGGAUGGAGAUAAGUUAUGCAGCAAACAUAUAAUGGUGAGAUACAUGAACAGUAACACCUUGUUCUCCAUGUUAGGAGAACUCUCUGAAUUGUAUGGCAGUAAAGAUCAUCAUAAAUUCCCGGAGGGAUGUUUGAGAAGUCAUACAGUUGAAAACCUCUUUGAAGAUAAUGAAGGCAAUCAGUGUGGGAAAACCUUCAGCCGGAUUCCAAAUCUGACUGUGGUAAAAAGAAAUCCUACAGAAGUGAAUCCUUUUGGAUGUUCUGUGUGUGAAAAAGCCUUCAUGGAUCCUUCAUCACAUAACCAUCGUACCAGAUGUCACACUGGAUGCAAUACCUGUCAGUUUAUUGCAUGUGGAGAAACCUGCAGUUGUAACACUCCUAUGAGAACUCUUAAUGGAAAGAAAUCCCAUAAAUGUGAGGUAUGUGGGAAAGGGAAAGACUUCAUUUGUAUCUCAACCCUUAAGAAUUCUGUGACAACACUCACUAGUGAGAAACACUAUAAUUGUAACGAAUAUGGGAAAGAUUUCUGUAUUUUCUCAUCCUUUUGCACACGUGUGAGCGGUCAUAAGGGUGAACGUAAAGAAUGUUGUAAAACCUGUAGUCAUUCUUUAUCCCUUAUUUUACAUAACAGAGGUAAGCCUUAUGAAUGUAGGGAAUGUGAAAAAACCUUUAGUUGGCCCUCACACCUCACUACACAUAUGGGAACACACAGUGGAGAGAAACAUUACGAAUGUAAAGAAUGUGGGAAAGCUUUCAGUAGACCCUCAGCCCUCACUGCACAUGUAAGCACUCACAGUAGAGAGAAGCCUUAUGAAUGUAAGGAAUGUCGGAAAGCCUUUAGUCAGUCAUCAGACCUCACUGAACAUGUGCGAACUCAUAGUGGAGAGAGGCCUUAUGAAUGUAAGGAAUGUGGGAAAGCCUUUAGUUGGCCCUCAUGCCUCACUACACAUAUGCGCACACACAGUGGAGAGAAGCCUUAUGAAUGUAAGGAAUGUGGGAAAGCCUUCAGUUGGCCAUCACGGCUCACUACACAUAUGCGAACUCACAGUGGAGAGAGGCCUUAUGAAUGUAAGGAAUGUGGGAAAGGCUUUAGUCAGUCGUCACACCUCACUAACCAUGUAAGAACUCACAAUGGGCACAGGCCUUAUGAGUGUAAGGAAUGUGGAAAAGCCUUUAGUCAGGCUUCAACUCUCAGUUCUCAUAUAGCAACUCAUAGUAGAAAGAAGCCUUAUGAAUGUAAGGAAUGUGGGAAAGCCUUUAGUGAUUCUUCAGCCAUGUCUUCACAUAUGAGAACUCACAGUGGUGUGAGGCCUUAUGAAUGUAAGGAAUGUGGGAAAGCCUUUAGGUAUUCUUCUAAUUUCACUUCACAUAUAAGAACUCACAGUGGAGAGAGGCCUUAUGAAUGCAAACAAUGCGGGAAAGUCUUUAGGCAGGCCUCAAACCUCAUUACACAUAGAAGGAUUCACAGUGGAGAGAGGCCUUACGAGUGUAAGGAAUGUGGGAAAGCCUUUAAUUGUUCCUCGCACCUCACUAAUCAUAUGAGAACUCACAGUGGAGAUAAGCCUUAUGAAUGUACAGAAUGUGGGAAAGCCUUUAGUCAGGCCUCAUCCCUCACUACACAUAUUAGAACUCACAAUGGAGAGAGGCCUUACAAAUGUAAGGAAUGUGGGAAAUCCUUUAGUCAGGCUUCAUCCCUGACUAAACAUAUAAGAACUCAUGCUGGUGUGAGGCCUUACAUAUGUAAGGAAUGUGGGAAAGCCUUUAGGUGUUACUCAUACCUCACUUCACAUAUAAGAAUUCACAGUGGACUGAGGCCUUAUGAAUGUAAGGAAUGUGGGAAAGCUUUCAGUUGUUGCUCAGUCUUAACUAAUCAUAUAAGAAUUCACAGUGGAGAGAGGCCUUACGAAUGUAAGCAAUGUGGGAAAGCCUUUAGGCAGGCCUCAGGCCUCAUGAUACAUGGAAGAAUUCAUAGUGGAGAGAGGCCUUUUCAAUGUAAAGAAUGUGGGAAAGCCUUUCGUGAUUCCUCAACCCUCAGAAGACAUACAAAAACUCACAUUGGAGGACUUACGAAUGUAAGGAACGUGAGAAAGCCAUUUGCUCAUCACACCUCACUUCACAUAUAAGAUCUCACAGUGGAAAAAUUACUGUGUCAAAAGUGGGAUGUUUCAUCCUUAAUACUAUAAUUUCAAACGGGAAAUUUCUGAAAGUCUGUGAUUAAAGAUAAAAGUUUUAUCAGUGACUAAUGAAGCACUAAUUACUUCAAAGAAGGGGUCAUUAGAGCUCCUUUGUGCCUUUGACAUAAAUAAAAGUUUCAUUUUCACUAUGGGUUUGUCCUCAUCAGUGUUUACUACUUUCUCAGUCCAAGCUAAAUUUUACUUUUUGAAAGUCCUUCACUAUGAUAAAUAAGGCUCCAAGGAAUAGCCAUGAGCAAAUGUGGUUUUGUAUUUGUUAAUGUUUUUAUUGAUGUUAUUUUCCAUUCAGUUAAAUGCACUCUUGUAUUUGGGUUAAGAGGUUUUUUCCUUUGUUUUUUGUAUUCAUGUUUAAUGCGUUUUCUUCCACUCUUUCUAUUGUAAAGUUAACUAUUUUACCCUUUAUAAUUAGUAAAUUUCUCGUAGGGCCAUAUUUUGAGACAGUACAAAUAUUCUGUUUUUCAUGGUGCUUUAGCCUACUAAUUUAUUGUGCACUGAUAAUUACUACUUAUAAUUUUAUCACUGUGGUGUUUACUGAAGUUACUUUCUCUUCCAUUCAUUUCUUCUAUGUUUAUUAAUUGGAAUUCUGCAAGAAGUAGUUUUCCCUUCUCUCCCUUUUAUGCGUUUAUGAAAUUGUUUAUAGCAGUAAAAGCAGUCCUUGAAUAAUGAACAUGUUCCCUUCUGAAGUCUGUCUUUAAUUUGAAUUUGUAUGCAAGUCGGAACACUUACGCAAGAUUAACUUCUAAUGUCAGAUGAUCAAGUAUUUGUCUCAGUAUAUAGUAUACACUGUACUUUUGUAUGCACAGGAAACAUUAAAGGAUGUAAAUACACUAAAAUAUUUUUAACACAAUAAUAUAGUGAUGUUUUGAUGCACGACGUACCAUAGCACACAAAUGUUACUGUGAAUCUUUGAUGCCCAACUGGAUUCCCUCUUGGUGUAGCCUCCAUCCCUGACUUGGGUUGGUUAUGAGGCUGCCAGCAUGGGCAAUGUACAUGCAAACCCCACCAUAGGGUUUGAUGGGUGGGGGUGAGAAUGACCCUAAAUCUGCGCCACUCCAAACGUGACAUUAUGGUGGGCAACAUCAUCUGCCGAGCUCCGAGCAGUCAGAGGGACUAGCGAGAAUAAAGUACUGCCAGCAUGCAGUGGACACUUGAGUUCCUGUCAGAGCAGGUGUUAAUUUUUAACAAGAGUUUUCGGGGGUUGUUUCGUAACUAUUUGUUUUACAUAAGAUGGAGGAUCAUAACACAUGGGCUCAAGUGUAUCAGGUAACCCAUAUUACCUGUUUUUUUCUUGCUCAAAUUGUCCCAGAUUUGGUUAUUAGGAACUUUCUUACUUAGGUUCCUGUAUUUAUUUACCAUGCUUCCAUUAUAAUUUAAAAUUUGUUUCCUGCCAGUGUUCAAGGCUCAUCUAAUCCUUUUCCUGCCUAAGCCCUGGAAUGAGGCUUUUCUCCAAGAAACCCUGGUUCCUUUUAUUAGAGAAUGAUAUUUAGAAACAAAGAUCUGGGCAUUAGGUAUGCUUAUUGCUACUGGGCUCUCAAAGUGGAAGGAGCUAGGAAAUAUAUAUGUGUGUGUAUAUAUUUACAAAGACACAUAUUUAUACUUAUUUCUAUAAGUAUCUGUGUAUGUUUUGAAAACCACAAGAUCAUACCCUUAUCUCUGAUUCCAGUCCAAUACUGCAGGAUUCAUUUUAGCCUUUUCCCUUACUUUAUACAUGACUCCUUUAGUAGUAGUACUGCUGGCUCCCGUUUUCCACAAUGCAUUAAUUGCUGAAUCUGAGAAUAUACAUAUUUCAGGAGAGAUGGUAAAGAAGAACCAGCUUCUGAAGUCAUGAAUCAGUCAAAUAUGUAGGAGAUGGGCAGACAACAGUAGUGAAAAUGAAGAGAAGCUGGUAUAGUCAAAAGGCUGUAAAAAGACCGAGGAAUUUUACACGAGGUACAGGAAGGUCAGCCCCCAAAUGGUACUAGGGAUUGAGAGCAGUUCUGAUCUUACUCCUGGAAUCAGAGGUACAAAGGAUGUGAGAUAAAAUUCAAAGUGUUGAAUAGAUUUUUAAAAGUCCAGAAACGACCAGGAGAAAGACUUGCACACAAAAUAAAUUGUCCACCAAAAAGAGAACUGGGAAUUACUAGAAGAAGGGUUUGCCUACUUCGACCUAGCUGUUUCCCUUACCAAGAUUUAUCACCUUUGGCAUACCAUUAGUUCAGUAUUUUCCAACUUCUGUAGCUCUGCUUUAUUUGGCCCUGAUUUGCACCUAUUUUUAAAGCUCGUGAUAUCUAUCCUCCGCUGUGUAUACGGUGAUAUUAAAUGCAUCUACACUGCGUAAUUUUUUUAUACAUUUCAGUACAGGACUUCUGACUGGUCUUUUCAAAUCUACGAUGUCAUUCAUUAUUGUUUCCAAUUUCUGCUUUUUAUUCUCAUGACCGUAGAAAGCAUUGAUGUUUUAUAUUCGUGUGUGUCUGUUGUCUUGUUCCGUGUGCCUGAGAUAAUUCUGUGAUACACAUUAUAUUCAUUAUGUUUUCUUUUUUAAAAAGUUUUUAACAUGUACUAAACAUAAUAAUCAUAUUCAUUGUCAAGGAUCAUCAACUCUCAACAGGUUAUGUGUUUUAGUUAAAGACGUUAUUAAAAAUAUAAUUUUUCUUCUUCCAAGGGGGUUGUUUGUUUUGCUUUGCCAGGUAUCUAAAGUUGCUACCAAUCUCAGAGUUUGAGAUCCCUCCUUGGAUGACUCAUAACCAGGCUGCAAAUUCCUUGUGUUACAUUGAUAUGCUCACACUCUUUGGAAGCCUGAGCUCCAACUUCUGCCCCUUCAUCUGAACGUUGCUUACGUAUGUUUGUACCUGAAUCAGCCUCCUGUUGUUAAUGCUCAUCUGAAAUACUUGACUCUUCUCUAAUUCCACUUUCUUCUUAAUUGUGUCCAGCGAUUGCUGAAUAUUUUAUUUCUUUAAUACAUUUAGGAUGAUGUAUCUUAUUUCAUCCAACUUUUUAGGUGCCCAGUGGAACACUAGGUCAAAACUACUUAAAGAGGAAGUCUCAUUUGCCCUUUGAACAUUUACUAAAAUAUAGCAUAUGUAUCUAUAGUUAUAUCAUUAUUGCUCUCUCUACAGAUAGAUGUAUGUUGUUGUGUGCCUUCUUAUUGAUUCCAACCCAUAGUGGCCCUAUAGGACAGAGUAGAACUGCCCCAUAGGAAGUAUACAAUGCUGUAACAUUUACAGAAGCAAGAUUGCCACAGUUUUCUCCCAAGGAGCAGCUUGUAGGUUUGAAAUGCAGACCUUUGCUUAGCAGCAGAUUUCUUUACCACUUGGCUACCAGGGCUCCUUAAAAUAGAUAAGUAUACAUAUAUGUUUAUAUCUGUAUCUACAUAUAUAAACUCAUAAGAAGUAAAGAAAUCUAUCAAACUUUAUAUAAUUGAGGAGAGAAACAUUUCAGAGGGAAGAGUCAAAACUGAAGGAAAUGAAAUCUCAUCUUUAAAACAGUGCUUUAUCUUUUUAAAACAUUGAUGGCACUUUAUUUCUAAGAUUUACCUGGAGAUUAACUCAAGGAAAAGUAGAUAAGACUCGAUAAAAAAUAAAGGGGAUAUCCAAUAAAAAUCUAUGGCAGUGUCACUGUGUCUCUUGGGGUGAACCCCUGAGCAUUUCAUUUUACUUGGAUGCACAAUCAGUGCCCAUGGAAACAGCAAAGAAAUCAAAUGACAUUACAUUGCUCAGGUCUGCAGCAGAAGACCUCUUUAAAGUGUUAAAAAACAAAGAUGUCACUUUGAGGACUAAGAUGUGAAUGACUCAAGCCAUACAUUUUCAUUUGCCUUGCGUGCAAACCUGGACAAUGAUA